UGGAGCAGGGGGGCUGAUCUCUGCCUCCAGAGGUCAUUCUCACUACAGUUGCCACUUGUUGCCAAAGCAGCUCGGGGCUCCACCAUACAGCACCAAACACAUUUCAACUAUUUAUUCCCACAACUAUCGAGAGCUACAGAUCUGGAUGUUGAAUGCGGAGAGGCUCCAGGAUUGAAGGAAGACUCCAGUGAUCCGGUUGAUAACAUUUGGGCUCAUCUGACGGACUGAAGCAUGGUUGAUAACGCCAGUAUAGCAACUAAAUCAGCUUUGCAAGGCUCUUUCUCGUCCGCCAGCAGCCUGCCCCUCCAGCCUCCCUCCGCCGCCUCUCACAGCCCGUUCCCCGGCGCUCAGGCUCCGCAGCCGGCCAGCGGCGGCAUGAAGCUCGAGGCGGUCAUGGAGAACCUGCAGCGGCAGCAAGCAGCGCGGCUUGCCCUGGAGGAGAAGCUGCGGCAGGCGGAGACAGAGAAAGACCUCCGGUCCAUGGUGGAGUCCCAGAUACACCAACAAGCUCUGGCUUUCCGCCACUACCAGGCGGCGAUGCGAGGCGCUCUGGCCGCAGGAGUCACCAACUCUUCCCCGCUCCCACACAUGGAAGUCCGCAGAGCCGAGGAGGACGGGAGCUCUUCCAGACCGGGCAGUGAGGACAAGGAGCGGGACGAGGAGGGGGAUGACAUGGACGAGCAGGAGAUCAUGGAUGAAGAGGAGGAGGGUGAGGACGAUGUCGGGUUAAACCACUAUCAGCACCGACCGCUCCAGGAAGCCGGUAUCCCUCCGAAGGGCGCCCCGAUGCAUCUCAUGUCCAGAGUCCCGGCGGCGUUCGCCCCGGCCCGCCGCGCAGACUCCCCAACCGAGCACCCGCAGCCCCAGCACCACGAGUGGACCUAUGAGGAGCAGUUCAAACAGUUGUAUGAACUGGACGAUGAUGAAAAGCGCAAAGAGUUUCUUGAUGACCUUUUCAGUUUCAUGCAGAAACGAGGGACUCCAGUGAAUCGGAUUCCUAUCAUGGCCAAGCAGGUGUUGGAUCUCUACAUGCUCUACAAGCUCGUCACAGAAAAAGGCGGCUUAGUGGAAGUCAUCAAUAAGAAAAUAUGGCGCGAGAUCACCAAAGGCCUUAACCUCCCUACCUCCAUUACCAGUGCAGCUUUCACUCUCCGAACACAGUAUAUGAAGUACCUCUACCCAUAUGAAUGUGAAAAGCGGGGACUGAGCUCCCCCGGUGAGCUUCAGUCAGCUAUCGACAGCAACCGGCGGGAAGGCCGCCGGCAGAGCUACGGCUCGGCCAUCUUCAACUACUCUCCUGUGGGCACCCCCACCCUCCUGUCCUCACCAAAGAUACACAUGUCCCACCUAUCCAUGCCCACUCACAACACUGGCCAUAUCUCCCAGGUGCCUGUCAUCAAGAAAGAAGAGCCCAUGAUGGCCAGCUGUCUGCCCAGCCGGGUGGCCCUCCCCAUGUCACCCAGCGGCCAUCACGCAGCAGCUGUGGCUGCCCAGGCAGCAGCGGCUCAGGCCGCGGCGGCCGUCCAGGCGGCAGCCCUGGAGCAGCUCAGAGAGAAGCUGGAGAGCGGAGAACCGCCUGAGAAGAAGAUGAUGAUGGUGGCAGAGGAGCAGCAGAGGAUCAUGCAGCACGCCCUGCAGCAGAACCUGCUGGCCAUGGCCACCCAGCUGCCCCUCAACAUCAAACUCAACAACAGAGAUGAUAGACAAGAGACCGCAUUGAACCUGUCUACCAACGGCAUUAGCAGCAUCAACAUGUCAAUAGAAAUAAAUGGAGUUGUCUACACAGGCGUGCUGUUCGCUCGGCAGUCGGCCAUAGCAGCCAUGACGGGACAUCGUGGGAAACACAGCAACUGUCAGACUCAGGGAAAGACCAGUCCCACGCAGUUCCAGCCCUCCUGCCCCUCCUCCUCUUCCUCGUCCUCCUCCUCUUCCUCACUCCACGGACACAGAAACUCCUCCCCCUGAGUUUCUUGUCCAUCCUCCUCCUCCUCCUCCUUCUCCUCUCACACCCCAUCAAGGAGGAGAUCCAUUGUCAAACAGCUGGAGACACAAUCAUCAGAGAAACUCCAGGGUUUUUUUUUUUGAGGGCGGUUUUCUCUCCAUCCUUCCCUCCAUCAAAUUCCUUUAGGUCAGCCAACAACAGAUUGAAAAGCAGAAAACACACCCCC